AUGUUGGGCCAAUUCACGCCUAGUCGGAGGCGGUUUUACCUGAUUCUGGCUUGCGCCGCCACCGUGAUAUGUCUCCUCAACCUCCUCUUUCUUACCCAGACAGUGGAUAGUACCGUGAUCCGACUCCCCAAAUUUGGCUUGUUCUCCACGGCGACAAAACCCGUGUCUGGACAAUAUGCGCUCGAUAAGCACCCGAUUGUCAACCUGAUGACAGAAGCUAAUCGCCAGUGGGUGGACUACGAGAACGAUCGCUCGACAAGUUUUCGACAGACCGUCGCAAAAUAUCGGGAGACCUAUGGGCGACACCCACCCCCCGGGUUCAAAGAGUGGUACAUGUUCGCCCGCAAGAAGAAUGCGCACAACGUGGAUGAUUUCCGGCAGAUCACCGGCGACUUGCGACCUUAUUGGGCAGUUCCACCGACGUUGAUCCGAAAAAUGGCAGCCAAGCUCCUGCACAGCGAUGGAAUGAUGGGUGUUCAAGUCCGCAAUAAAAAAGUGGUGCACUCGGAGGAAGAGGGCUGGAGGGUUGAGACCCUGAGGAAAUCCGUGAAGCGCCUCGCCCCGUACCUCCCAGACAUGGAUAUCGCACUCAACCUUCAUGACCAACCCCGCGUGAUGGUCUCCUGGAACGACACGCAGGAAUACCUCCACGCCGAAGUCCUUAGCAGAACCAUGCCACCCGACGCGCAAGAUCAGUUCACCCCGAACAUGAAAUACUUGACUACCCAAGAGUCGGACGUCGAGGACUUUGAUCCAUCCUGGACCUCUCUUGCAGGGAAGCUCUAUAUGGACACUGCGCAAGACUCUUGUCCUCCUGAGUCCCCCGCGCGCAACCAUAACAUCACCGUUGAGGAAGCCGAUAAUAUGUACAAAUUGCCCUCGGGUAGGUUUGUAACCAACUUUACCGCUUCUUCUGAUCUAUGCACUGUCGGCCCAGCUCUUGGGAAAAGCCAUGGAUUUUUAUUUUCGGCUUCCAGUAACCUUGUAACAAGGAAACUGGCUCCCGUUUUCAGCGAGUGCAAGGUGAGCGUGAACAACGACAUCUUGUUCCCUGCAAAUAUGUAUUUCAUGGACGAUAAGCGCUACACCUACAACUCGCGCCACGACUACGAAUGGGAAGACAAAGAGGACAAUCUCAUCUGGCGUGGCGUUACGUCCGGUGGUGUUCAAGUUGCGGACAACUGGCAGAAUAUGCAUCGUCAACGCUUUGUCCAGCUAGCAAACAGCACCGAGAUGGUCAAUCGGACGGUAUCGAUUCUCUCUGAGACGAGCACGAAUCAGUACCGCAACCAGACCGACUUUGAUCCAAGCAAAUUCGCUGCGGAUCAUUUUGAUGUUGGCUUCACUGAAGCAUUCGGUUGCAUUCCAAACUGCUCAUUCUACGAUGAUGUGUGGACUCUCAAAAAGCCGAAAGACUUCAGUCAAACCUUCAAAUCCAAGUACCUUGUCGACAUCGACGGUCACAGUUUCUCGGGCCGGUGGCGUGCUUUCCAACUUAGCAAAUCGAUGGGUAUUAAGGCGACCAUCUUCCGAGAAUGGCAUGACUCUCGUCUCUUUGCAUGGCGCCACUUUGUCCCCAUGGACAACCGAUACGACGACCUGUACUCCAUUAUGACCUACUUCGUCGGACUGGACUCGAAGAAGUCACCCGCCAAUGUGUCAUCAAUCAGUGAACCCUACAUCCCCAGCCACGACUUCGAGGCCGAGGUGAUUGCAGCCCAGAGCCGGGAGUGGGCACAGCACGCAUUGCGCGAUGAAGAUCUCGACAUCUAUCUUUAUCUCCUCCUUCUGGAGUACGGUCGCAUCAUUGAUGACAAUCGUGAUAUCAUUGGAUACAGUGGUGAUGGAAGUGAACUGGACCAGUUCGAUGAACAACAUCCCUUUUCUCCAGUGAUCCAGGACAUCGUCAAACCUCCCUCGGGUGAUCAUGAGCCAUGA